UGCAGGAAACUCUCACCUGGACCAAGACUGCAUCAGCAUUGGCGUAUCGCAGCAAUGGACCAAAGCAGCCAAUGAGGCGUCUGUGUAUAUGUUUAAGGCUUUCACCUCUUAAGGGACUUUAGAGGAAGAUUUUCCCCAGUUUUAACUGCAUGUUUGUUUUUGUGUUUUCUAGGAAUGUGAUUGAUUUCAGCAGAAGAGAUCGGCGUCUUCAGGACUCUGCGUGUACACGAGCAUUGAAAAAUGGAGAUCCCUGAUCAGGGGACAGAUCAUGUGACCUCACCCUCAAAAGACUGUAAAGGAAAGAGAAAGAGGUCACACUCCCCAGAACCCAGCUGUGUCUCCAUGAAGAGUGAUGGGUCUAUGGAGCAUCCUCUCUACUUCAGUAAUGAAAACCCCUCACCUGUACACAGUAAAGGAAAGAGAGAGAGAUCACACUCAGCAGAACCCAGCUGUGUCUCCAUGAAGAGUGAUCGGUCUAUGGAUCUUCCUCUCAAUUUUAGAACUGGAAUCUCCUCACCUGUACACAGUGUUCUACAGAAGGCAGGAGACAGAAGAGAGAAGAUCAUCACAGCUACAGGACACGACCCAGAAUCCACUGCUGCAGAUAAAUUCCAGAAGAGGUUCAAGCUUAAUCUGGUGAAGAAGUUUCAGUGUUUGAAUGGAUUGAUGCUAAAUCAGGAAAACCAAACACUCCUGAAUGAGAUCUACACAGAGCUCUACAUCACAGAGGGAGACAGUGGAGACGUCAAUAAAGAACAUGAGGUGAAACAGAUCGAGGCAGCAUCCAGGAGGAACCCAACUGAGGACACACCAAUUAAAUGCAGUGACAUCUUUAAACCCCUACCUGAACAAGACAAAGCCAUCAGGAGAGUUCUGACAAAACCCUUAUCUGAACAAGAUAAAGAACCCAUCAGGAAAGUUCUGACUAAGGGAGUAGCUGGAAUUGGAAAAACAGUCUCUGUGCAGAAGUUUGUUCUGGACUGGGCUGAAGGAAAAACAAAUCAGGACGUCCACCUCAUAUUCCCACUUCCUUUCAGAGAGCUGAAUUUGAUGAAGGAGCAGAAACUGAGUCUGGUGGAGCUCCUACAUGUGUUUUUUAAGGAGAUGAAAGAAAUGGACAUUUCCAGGUUGGAGAAGGUUUUGUUCAUUUUUGAUGGUUUGGAUGAGUGUCGUUUUUCUCUGGAUUUCCAGAAGACAGUGAGAGUGUGUGAUGUAACUGAAUCAGCACCAGUGCAUGUGCUGCUGAUAAACCUGAUCAAAGGAAACCUGCUUCCCUCUGCUCUCAUCUGGAUCACCUCCAGACCAGCAGCAGCUGAUCAAAUCCCCUCUGAGUGUGUCCAUCGAGUCACAGAGGUACGAGGGUUCAAUGACCCUCAGAAGGAGGAGUACUUCAGGAAGAGGAUCAGUGAUCAGAACCUGGCCAAUAAGAUCAUCACACACCUGAAGUCAUUAAGAAGCCUCUACAUCAUGUGCCACAUCCCAGUGUUCUGCUGGAUUUCAGCUGCUGUUUUAGAGAGAAUGUUGGGUAAAGCAGAGAGUGGAGAGAUCCCCAAGACUCUGACUCAAAUGUACAUACACUUCCUCAUCGUUCAGACCAACAUCAUAAGAGAGAAGUACCUACAGAAGCAGAAGAGAGAUGAAGAAAUGCUUCUCAAACUUGGGAAACUGGCUUUCCAGCAGCUGGAGAAACAAAACCUGAUCUUCUACGAGGAAGACCUGAGUGAGUGUGACAUUGAUGUGACAGAAGCAGCAGUGUAUUCAGGUGUGUGUACGCAGAUCUUCAGAGAGGAGUUUGGGCUUCACCAGAGUAAAGUGUACUGCUUUGUUCAUCUGAGCAUUCAGGAACAUCUCGCAGCUCUGUAUGUGCACCUGACCUUCAUGAAGGAACAGAGAAAUAGUCUUAAACAGAAUCAGGACUGUAGGACACUUUCAGAUGUUCACAGGAGUGCUGUAGAUCACGCUUUAGACAGUCAGACUGGACAUCUGGAUCUUUUCCUCCGCUUUCUUCUGGGUCUCUCACUCGAGUCCAAUCAGAAACUUCUACAUUUCUUAGUAACACAGACAGGAAGUAGCUCCCAGAACAAAGAGAAAAUAGUUCAGUAUGUACAGGAGAAGAUCAGUGAAGAUCUUCCUGCAGAGAAAUCCAUCAAUCUGUUCCACUGUCUGAAUGAACUGGGUGAUGAUUCUCUAGUGGAGGAAAUCCAGCAGUAUCUGAAAUCUGGAGCACAAAGUGAACUUUCUCCUUCACAGUGGUCUGCUCUGGUGUUUGUGUUACUGACAUCAGCACAGGAUCUGGAGGAAUUUGACCUGAAUUUAGGGCAUCUUGUGCUCGCCUGUCCCGAAGACAGAGUGACCCUGGUGUCUCCAAGCGAUCGAGGCAAGAAAGCAGCUGAACCUGCUGGAGUCGUUCCCCCUGUGGCUUCAGCUCGGCCUGCUGCUGAAAGCCCCGUAACUGCUGCUGCACCAGGGCCUAGGGAGCGUGAGCCCCAAGCUCAGCCUGUAGAGCAGAGGUCCACUAACUACAUAACCACCCCAGAGAAGCCCUGCUCAGCCGAACCCCACCAGGAGAAGCCCUGCUCGGCCGAACCGGACCGGGAAAAGCCGAGUAAAACUGGGAAUGUCACAGUGGACUCUGAAGCAGUGCUAGAGCUGCCUGCGCUGGCAGAGGCAGGCCCAGGGGUGCAGAGCUGUCACCAGGAGGCACCAGUCACUACAUCAUGCAAGAGAAGACACAGAGUGACCCUGGUGUCUCCAAGCGAUCGAGGCAAGAAAGCAGCUGAACCUGCUGGAGUCGUUCCCCCUGUGGCUUCAGCUCGGCCUGCUGCUGAAAGCCCCGUAACUGCUGCUGCACCAGGGCCUAGGGAGCGUGAGCCCCAAGCUCAGCCUGUAGAGCAGAGGUCCACUAACUACAUAACCACCCCAGAGAAGCCCUGCUCAGCCGAACCCCACCAGGAGAAGCCCUGCUCGGCCGAACCGGACCGGGAAAAGCCGAGUAAAACUGGGAAUGUCACAGUGGACUCUGAAGCAGUGCUAGAGCUGCCUGCGCUGGCAGAGGCAGGCCCAGGGGUGCAGAGCUGUCACCAGGAGGCACCAACUAAAAGUAGCUAUAUCAAAUUUGAAAGGGCUCAGCGCACUCUAGCUUCCAGACCAGGUGUCAAGGAGAGACCCAGACUGUUGGUGGUGUGCAUGCAUAACUUCAGAGACAAACAGAGGAUUCUCGAUGCAAGUAGAAAGUUGUUUAUGGAUGAAAAUCUGCAGUUUGAGAACAGUAAAGUGUCUUUCUAUCAAGAUUUCUCCGCCGCUGUGCUCCAUAAGCGCAGGGAAUUUGAUUCGGCUAAACAUCGCUUGCAGGAGAUUGGAGCUCGCUAUGCAAUGUUCUACCCAGCUAAGCAGUGA